UUUUUUUUUUUGUUUUAAAAGAGAAAGUAUCAUGAAUACUGCUGAAGCUUAUGGAACACUACAACAAUGUUUAAAUGAAACUUUGGAUCCUAAUACUCGGAAAACUGCUGAACAUAAUCUUUCUCUGGCUGAAGUACAACCUGGAUUUCCUCUUGUCUUGUUAAAAUUGAUUGCUGAUGCCAACAUUGAUCAAACCCUACGUUUCACUGGUGCUGUUUAUUUCAAAAACUAUAUCAAAAGAAACUGGUGUCCCUGAAAGAGUUCAACUUCAAAUCAGUGAUGCUUUAAGCAUUAUUGCUGCCGAAGACUUCCCUGGAAAUUGGUCUACUUUGAUACCUGAAUUGACCAGCAAGCUCAGCGACACUGACUACAAAACGAACAACGGUAUUCUUCAGACUGCCCAUUCUAUUUUUAAAAAAUGGCGAUCACAAUUUAGAACCGAUGAACUGUUUGCUGAAAUUCUCUAUGUUCUUGGAGAGUUUGCACCAAAGUAUUUGACUCUAUUCCAGAUCACCGACAAACUAAUGACUGAAAAUGGUAACAAUCCUGAGGCAAUGAGCAUUUUAUCUCAAUCCAUGAUAUUAUUGAUCAAGAUCUAUUACGACCUCAAUUGCCAAGAUUUACCUGAAUUCUUCGAGGAUAAUUUGCCUACGUUUACUCAACUCUUUCAAAAAUAUUUGCGUUACAACAAUCCUAUUCUUGCAACCGAUGAUGAAGAUGAACCUGGACCUUUGGAAAAAAUCAAGACUGGUAUUUGUGAUAUUAUUGAGCUGUAUACACAAAAAUAUGUUGAAGAUUUCCCUCAACUUUCUGAAUUCCUUCCUAUUAUCUUUGAACUGGUGAUAACUGCUAGUCAAGAACCAAAACAUGAUACUAUGGUAUGCAAGGCGUUAAGUGUACUUACUUCUGUGGUCAAGGUGGAUUCUCAAGCGUCUGUGUUCUCAUCUGAAGAUGUUAUUGUGAAACUUGCCCUUCCAAACAUUGCUAUGCGAACCAGCGACGAAGAAUUAUAUGAAGACAACCCCAUUGAAUAUAUUAGACGGGAUUUGGAAGGAUCAGACAACGAUACUCGCCGACGUGCUGCUGCUGACUUUAUUCGAGGAGUACUAGAACGAUUUGAAGCUCAAGUUACUGCUUUGAUUUCCCACUAUAUCAAUCUUUAUUUGGAAAACUACAGAUCAAACCCUCAACAAAAUUGGAAAGAUAAAAAUACGGCUAUCUUUUUAUUAGUUGCCAUCUCUGCUCGUAGUACGACAAGUCAGUUUGGUGUUACAAAGAUAAGUCCAUUAGUGGACGUGGUGGAUUUCUUUUCUAAGAAUAUCCUAUCUGAUUUGCAGAGCGAUGUUAAUGCUGGAGUACCUAUUCUCAAAAUGGAUGCCAUCAAGUAUUUAUAUACAUUCCGAAAUCAGUUGACCAAGGAACAACUCAUGACUGUCUUCCCAUUAUUAGUCAAGCAUCUUCAGUCAAACGAUUAUGUGGUACACACUUAUGCUGCCAUCGCGAUUGAAAGGAUCUUGGUAAUUCGACAUGGAAAAGAAUUCUUAUUCACUCCGGAAGAUAUCAAGCCUUAUACUGAAGUCCUACUCUCUGAACUUUUCCGUUUAAUUGAAAGUGGUCAAUCUCCUGAAAAACUUUCUGAAAAUGAUUAUCUCAUGAAAACUGUAUUCCGUGUCAUCACCACAAGCCGCAAAGAUAUGGUACCCUAUGUGAAUGUAAUUAUGGGCAAAUUAACCAAUAUUCUAGCAGUGGUUAGCAAGAAUCCAAGCAAUCCCAAAUUCAAUCAUUUUGUUUUCGAGAGUAUUGGUGCCUUGAUCAAAUAUAUCUGUCCUGUUUCCAAUCAAGCUACAACUGAAUUCGAAAACCUCUUGUUUGGUCCCUUUGAAAGUAUUAUAUCUCAAGGUGUUCAAGAAUUCAUUCCAUAUGCCUUCCAGCUUUUAGCUCAACUCCUUGAACAUCACUCCGGUACUGAUUUACCUGAAAUGUAUGCUGGUCUCCUGAAUCUUAUGCUGAAUCCUGGCUUGUGGGAACAAGGUAAUAUUCCUGCCCUUGUUCGUCUAUUGGAGGCUUAUCUAUCCAAGGGUAGCAAUAUUAUCUUGAGCAACAAUCGUCUUGAACCUAUUCUUGGCAUUUUCCAACAAAAACUGGUGGGAUCUCGACAGAACGAUCACUUCGGAAUGACCUUGUUGAAUGCUGUGAUUAAAACUGUACCAAUUGAAACACUGAAGAAUUACCUACCCGCCUUGGUGAACUCCAUAUUGAAACGAUUACAAAGCAAGAAAAAGAAUGGUAACAUUGUAUUUGAUAAAUUUACUCGUAGCUUUACAUUAUGGGUAUGUCUAUUCUUCUCUUUGGAUCGCUUGGGAUCUCCUGAUGUAUUAAUCCAAGUAUUUGAUUCUAUGCAACCUGGAUUGUUUGGUCAAAUUCUCAGUGUAUUUGUUUUACCUGACUUCAAUACUAUGCGUGAUUUGAUUGAUUACAAGAUUUGUGGUAUUGGUGUGGUACGAUUAUUAACAAAAAGUGAUCUGAUGUUGCAAGAACCAUAUGCAACACAACUCUGGCCAAAGGUUUUCACCACAUUACUUCGACAAUUGGAAUUACCGCCAGCAGCAGCUGACGACACUAUUGAUGAUUUAUAUCAAGUUGAUCUUGAUGAUGAAACUGGCUACCAAAACACAUUCUCUAAAUUGAAUACGGCUGCACCUAUUCGAAUUGAUCCUACUGCUACUUUACCUCCUUGUCGCAUUUACUUGGUACAACAAUUGGUCUCUCUUCCAGCGGAAAAACGACAAUAUGUUAAACAACUUUUAGCUGUCACCGAAGAUGUCAAUCAAUAUUUGCCCAAAUACUUCAUGGAUGCAGGAAUUGCUUUGGAUCAAUUAUAGAUUUCUUAUUACUUUAUUCCAUAUCUUUUAUUUUUGUCUCCUCUCCCUCUCAUAUUAACAUUUUUGUUAUGAAUAAAAAUUGUGUUUUCUUCCCUUUUUA